GAAGAAUGAUGAAUUCCACUCCAACUAUUCUGAAUCAAUGGACUGGAGGCUAGUAAGGAAAGACAUACAUUCGUUUUUUCCAACUUUUCCCAAUUCUAUUCACUAUUUUUUUUCUUACCCUUUAAACAUCUUCCUCCCUGUUCAUAUUAUGAUGAAAGAUGAUAAAAGUCAAAGAGGCAAAGGAUUUAGGCAGAGAUACCAAUGAGGCCUGGUUUUUCUCUUGGCAUCUGUGUCAAAAUCUGCAUGAUUGAAGCCCAACCACUUUGAUACAUGUAUCAAUGUCACAUGUAGAAAAGGGAGGGAUUUUGAAUCAUGAUCUCAUUCCCAUCAUGCAGAUUUGGACUCCUCCCAUUCCAUAGACACUGCUGUUCUUUCAUCAAUUAACUUAGGACUGGUUUAUACAGUCCUUUACUGACUAACUAAAAUAACUAAUACUGCCCUAAAAAAGCCAUUCCUAAUUCCCGCCCUAUAGUAUAGUUUCCUGUACUUUUCAAAGAAUGCAUAUUCAGGCAUAUAGCAUCUACAGGUUAUUCUUAGUGGUUGAAAACUGCUCAUAUGAAGGAAAUAGUCAUUGAAAUAAAACUAAACCUUUAUGUUUUGAUCAGGUACUAAUUUAGCACUGGUAAGUAAAAUCUUAUAUUAAUCUGCUAUGUCAUUAAUGGUAACAAAAACUUGAGUUUUAGCUUAGAUAUGCUACAUUUCAUGAUUCUUUGACACCUCCCCUGUAAGAAGAAGGUCUUUGUGAAUCAACCUCUGAUUCACAAAUAGGGAAAUGUGUACCUACAAAGUGUUUUGUACACAUGUUAAGUGUUUAGUUCUCUCAACCCCUUUUCUACUGAUGAUGCUGGUUGACUGAAGGGUAUUGAAAUAUAGUCCAGUGUUUCUCAACUUUGACCACUUUGCUGGCUGGGGAAUUCUGGGAAUUGAAGUCCACACAGCUUAAAGUCGCCAAGGUUGAGAAACACUGAAAUAUACAAUAUCUGGAAAGGAGGAGAUUGCCUAUCCUUGUUCUACAUCCUUCUAAGGUUCCUGUUAGAAGUAUCUUGCUUCUUUAUUAAAGGAAUUAGAGUGAAUAAUUGAAUAUGUCAUUCUAUUAGAAUAAUACUGUAUUUGUACAUUAAAAAAAUAUAGUGGUUCCAUGGAUUGCAUCGUAUGUUGCUUUCUAUCAUCAUGAAGCAUAGUUCCUACAGUUAGUUACUAAUUAUUACAUUUCCUACGUUUUGGAAGAAUCCCAUACUUUAACACACAGAUAAACAUGUUAUAGGAACAAGCCACCAUGCUGUCUGCUUAACCCAGUUCCUAGUCAUGGGUUCCAGGAGGUUGCUGCAGAGGAAGAACUAUUGCCAAAAAUUCCUAUCCUGGGAUUUGAAAUGAUAUUUAUUAUUAUUUAUUUCCUGCUUGAUAUAGAUCACCUGGCAAAAUACAACUGUCCAAGCAAAAGUAAAGGUACGAAGGCGAGCAGCGAUAAGGUGCAGAUGGAUCCCAUGGCACUGAAGAAGAAACUCAGUAAGAUGUCAAGCAAAUUAGGUGCUUUUGCUGUUCUCAGCAGCCUGUUGGUUUACCUCACAGACCUUGUAUCUAAUAGUCUUCCAGUUGAAAACAAAAAAGUCAAGUGGUUAGAAAGCUUAGGGAAAAAAAUGAGCGCAAAGCCUGAACGCCAAAGCACGAACAAUGGCAUUCGCCCUACAAAAUUUCAAAUUCUGCAGUCAAGGUUCAUGAACAGCCAUCGUGAACCCUUCCGAAAGAAGCCAAGAGAAGUGGGCAAGUUGAUUAUUAAAGAAAAGUCUUCUCCCCCUAAAAAUGGGCUAAAUUCCAUUAUAAGCAAGUUUGACAGGAAUUCAUUAAUUGGUGAAGAAAAUUCAAAGAGUCAAGAAAAAACCAAAUGGAUUAGCUUAUGUGGGAAGAAUACUGUAAAAAAUGUUCUGAAGAAAUUUAUAGCUGCUGAGGAAAAAGAAGCUAAGGAGAAGCAGCCAGAUCUGAAAAAGAACCUACCCAAAAUAAUCAAUAAAAACUCAGUCUUCUCCAAAAUGAAAGAAAAGUUUGAGCAAACCAGUAAUGUUUGUUCAGCUAUUGAUGUGAGAAUAGCUGCCCCCCACGCAAGGGGGAGAGAAAAGACAAAAAAGGACAGAAAGCCGCUGCACCAAAAAGCUAUUUGCAAAGCAGAAACUAAAAUACUAAAGGAUAAUUUGAGAGUAGCGACAAAUAUCUACAGCAAUAAGCCACAACUUUUGGUUUGUACAACUGUCCCUAUACCUAAAUUUCAUGUUGCUGUUGAAAUUAAUCAUCCUUGCAGUUGGGCAAUAAAUACCAAAUAUACCAUUCAGCUUUCUGACAAUAAUGUCCCAGGGGGAAAAAUAAAAGAUUCAGAAAAUAGCAUUCAAUCUGGUGAAAAUGGGAUAUUGGAACACAAGGAACAGAAAAGACAGUUGCAAAGGAAAGUUAAUGAAAUGCCUAUGAUGGCUGCAGACAAAAUAGAUAUGGCUGAAGCUUCUGAAAGCCCAGUUCCUAACACAGGCAACAUUCCACUUUCGAUGGAAGAGGGAUCCCAUGUUGGCCGUAGGCUUACUUUACCCUUAGACCAAAACCAGAAACCCUCAUCACCUAAAGAUAGCAAGUUCUCGAACUCUGCAAACAAAGGUGCAACACAAACUGCUAAGAACGAAAACUCUUCCACUCUUUGCCCCACUAUCACCUACCCUACUAAAGAAAUUGGUGCACUCGGCCACCAGGAAACUAAAGAAGAUAAGAUUUCUGCCAUGCCAGAAGGCUUGUGUAGGUCAAAAGAGACAGAAAUAGAAUUAACAGCAUCUGUAAAAGAUCCUCCUCCCUUUGCCAGCCAAAAAUGUUUCUCUAAACAGAAAGUGUUGGAAAAUACUCUACCGUUUCACUCUCCUGUAACUCAGGCAUCAUGUAACACCAAGCCGUCAAUCAAAAACCAACAAUCAAGUUUUGAACUUGCAGCUGUAGACAAAAUGCCUCUUGGUUUGAAGGAUAAAGAAGAUUUUGGAAGCAGAUUUUCCGAUGGAAUUCAGGACGGAGAAAAACUGCCUGAUAAAGAACUAUUUCCAAAAUGUUUGAUAAAUAAUGACCAUAAAGCACAACAACGAGAUCAAAACUUGUCUGACUACCAGCUAGAAAGUAAGAAUUUGCCCCUGCAGCCCACAAGCCAACAAAAUUACCAGGAUAACCAUAGGCCAAACUUUUCAAAUAACUCAGAUCAAGCCCUCACUUCAAAGGGCAGAGAUAAUACUGUAAAAGGAAAUGAUCUUUGCAAUGAAUUUGAAAAACAUUACUCUUCCUUGCCCAAUACUAUGAAGAAAUCCAGAUCUAUCGUAGCAAUAGAAAAUAGCAAAGCCAAAUCCUGCUCAAUCAAUACAUGUUCAGAAAACAACACUAACAAGGAAAGGGUGAGCUUGAGUGACUGGCAUAGCUCUCAAAGCCUCGUAAAAGAACUGCUUAGCCAUGAAAGCCACAAUGUAAUGGAUAGUCCUGGGGCUGCUUCUGAAAAAUGUCAUUUAUCUUCAUUAGAAGAUUCAGCAAAAGCAGCACUCAAUAUUGCUGAAGUCAACAGUCCUUUAUGCAAAAUGGGGAACCUUCCAAUGCCAGCCUCAGUCUCAUUACCAAAGAAUGAAAAUGAUAUUACGUCUUGUUCUCAUCCUAAGAAAUGCCCCAGCCCUUUUCCUAGUGACUCUCUAAAGCCCCAGAACACACCCAAGCUAGAUGAUAAAACAAUGCACAAUUUGAGCAAUGAUUUAAUACACAAUGAAAAAAACGUUGCAGAAGACAAAGAUAUUGGUCAUCAGAGUGGGAAGCAUCCACUGUCUUCAAAAAGGAAGCUUAGGAGGCCUGAAAAUACCCCUGCACAUCUCAAGCACAAGGAAGAAACACAACUAAUGUCCUUGGGAAAUGACAUUAGAAAGCAACAAAAGAUGAAAACGAUGUCAGAGGAAAAGUCUGAGAAGAGCUAUUUCCCUUCCCAAAAUGAAGUAAUGUGUCUAGGAACCAAAGAUGCAGAGAACAAGGUUCUACCUGAAACAGCACCGCAUAUGAGUUCUUUAUCAGUUAUCAAAGAAGAAGAGAAGAAUAAGACAGAAGAUAAAAAUCCUGCACCAAAAAUGGCACAUACUUCCAAAACUCCCCAGAAAUUAAGAAAAAAUGCGUUUACAAAGAAUGGUGGUGGUAUAACAGAAACAAAUGUUUCUCAGACUCAGCAGUCAACUCCACCUAAAUCUAAGCCUAGUGACAUAGGAAUAGUACUGUCCAUACUCCCCACUUCAAAAUACCCAACACCACAAAGGGAACCACUGCACCAUGAAGAUGUUACAGCACAAGAUGACACUAUUGUACCUUCGAUAGCCAAACGCUCAAAAUACCAAAUACCACCAAGGGAACCAGCAAAAGAGGAAGGCAUUACAGUACAGGACAACAGUUCUAUGCCUACUAUUGUCAAACAUUCAGAAUGCCAAAUGCCACCAAGGCAAACAGUAAAAGAGAAAGGUGUUACAACACAAAAUAAAAGCUCUGUAACACCCCAGCUCCUUUUACUCAAGAAAUCAAUGAAAGAUGAUAAUACAAGGGGAAAUAAUGCUCAGGACAAUCUUCAAAAUAAGAAAAUAUCAUCAUCUGGUAACAAAAUGAAGCCUGGAAGUAAUCUGGAAAAGAUGAGAGAUAAUAGUAGUAAUUCAAACCCAAACCAAUUACCCUUCAAACACAAAUGUUCAAAAAACCAAAAGAACAAUGGAACAGAUGAGACCAUUCUGAAUCCCUUUAAGAAAAACGAAACAUCAUUGUCACCAAAAGAAUUAAAAACAGAUCCCAAAAAUAUGGCAGUUGCAAUUACACAGAAGCCAUCCUUAAAUGACUCUAGAAGCCCUCACUUGAUUGCAAAGGGCAAAAAGCAUGAGCAAGAUUCUAAGAAAUAUCAGUUACUGUCAUCAGAUGUGACAUCACUGAAUAAACAGCAGGAUGAUAAUGUGGCAGAAGGGAAAGAACUGCAGCAGAUACAAACCCCAAAAGAUUAUAUGAAAUCAAAAUCUAACAUAGGAGUUGAAACAUAUAAACAUCAACAAUUGGAGAAAUCAUGUCUGCCCUCCAAUCCAGAAACACGUGAGCGGAAUGAUCAUGGAAAAAAGGUUUCCUUGAAGACCUUUGACAAAUGCAGACGUCCAACAUUGAGUCAUGAUAAAACUUUGUCAAAGGAAAAAAUAAGCUGUGAGUAUACUGAAGACCCUAAAGUAGGCACAUCAAAUAAAACCCACCUACCCAAACAGAAGAAUACACAGCAUUCCUCUAGCAAAUACCAAAUACCAGGAACAAAUUACUUAUCUGGGCUGAAAUAUGGAGAAUCUAAAGAAGUUGGGGCUGCAGCAAUAGAUGAGAAUGAAGCUACAUUAGAUAAAUACAAAGCAAAAAGUUACAGUGAAGAAACUAUACCAUUGUCUUUUAAGCCACUGAUUAUUCGGGCAAUUGAUACAAUUAAGCUUGACAACUGAAAUAACUUCAAAUCCAUAUUCUACUGAUGGAAGCUUGUCCAGUUUCUGCCAUCAUUUCUCUUCAAGGCAUUGAAACCACUUGGAGAUUAUUGUCCAGUGAUUAAUUUUGCCAUUAAAACAGCAUCAUUGAAACAUUGAAAUAGCAUCAUGGUAACCAAGAGUAAAUAUAGUUUAAGAUUCAUAGGAAAUCUUUAAUGAAGCAUUUAAGGGCACAUGAAGCCAUGAAGCAGAAUGAAGUGGGAUGGUGAAACAUGGCAAUUACUAUUUCAGACUGCUCAGAAAAUGCAUAGCCUAGAAGUGCUUGGGUUUUUUUUGUAACAGGGAAUGGUGAUGUUUGUAGUGUAUGGACAAAUUUGUCCUCAUUUUCAUUUAGAUGAUUGGAACCUUUAUAAGAUGGCAGGACCCAUUCUACUAUCUCAGUUUUCUAACAUCUUUCUGCUACAUUGUACACUUAGCCAAAAUAAAACAUUGUUAAGCCCUCUCUAUUAAACAGAAAAGAAUUAACAGUAAAAACAAUAGAAGGUUCCAAAGUUCAUUAAAAACACUUUUCACCUCUCUCUUCUUCAAUAUGUCAUUAUCUCCAUCCAACUAUUGCUUUCUCAUUCAUCUCCUUCCUUCUGACACAUUCAUUUUCCCUUCAUAUAUUUAUUUUAGAAUUCGAUCUUCGUAUCUUUUGUCUAUAUGACCAAAUCACCUCAAUAUACUUCUUUUGUAUAGAUAACUCUAUUCCAUACUCAUUCAGCACCUCUUCAUUCUUGAUCCUACCUCUCCUUGUUUUACCCCAUUCUCUUCUUAAUUUUACUGCUUCAAUGCAUCUAAUUUACUUUUAGAUUUCUCCUGGAAUACUCAGUCAAUAUACAGUCAUUCUCCUUCUUUUGAUAAAAACAUUCAUCCCUCACAGAACAUCAUCUCCCAUUCAAAAUCUCUGUUAUCAGUAACUUCCCAUCUGAAAGCUUCUAGAUUAAUUCUUUUAUCCACAAUCCAACUUUAUGUUGUGAUAAAAGUGCCAAUUUUCAUGAUCCCACAAAACUGCUUUUUUUUAAUUCUUGGAAAUUAAGAAAUGUGAAUUAAAAAUAUAUGAGUGGUGUUUAUGGGAGUGGGGAGAAAAGAAUUAUAUAUGAGGAUUUCAAAAAUCUGGGGGAAAAAAAGAGAGUUACAAAUUGUCAACCACCUUUGGCCAAAAUUGCUAAAUAGAUUCUCUGUCUACAGAGAAGCAGAUUCUCUGAAUUGCUCAGCCCUGAAAAAAAAUGUCAUUGCCGCUUUGUUAUCUUGAUAAGUUUUCUGCAGGCAUCUGCAUGUUUAUUUUUGGAAACUGAAUGUAAGAUGACAGGUAGGUCCUGUUUAGUGACCACAAUUUGGACUGGAGAUUCGGCCAAUAGCAAGUUGAUCGCUAAGUGAAACUAUUUUUAUGCUCUUACUUCACUUUCCUUUCCUUUAUAGACCUGCACAGGUCAUAAAUGCGAGGACUGGCCACAAAGUUACUAUUUCAACACUAUUAUAACUGCAAAUAGUCACUAAAUAAGUUGGUUGCUAAACAAGGACAACCUGUAGAUGAUUGUGGCAUGAAUUAGAAGAGGUAGUUUCUCUUUAACCCUGUUAUAUUUCAGCAGAAUCUAACUUUGCUGCAACAAAACUAAACUGCCUCUCCUGGCUAAAUUUUAGUGAUCCUUCUAAUUUGAACUUUAGAUCUUUUAAUAAAAUGGAAAAAUGACUUGGGACUUUGGAGCAAACUAUGUAGACCCUGAAAUCUUGCCAAUGUUUGAUUUUUUUAUUGCUUUUAAAAACAACUUGUGAAACUGUCACACUAAAUAAAAUGUAGAAGCAAUAAUGUGAAUAUACAAAAACAAAACUUUAAUGCAAAAUCAUCAUAACAAAAAACAUUAGGAAUUAAAUUAAAUAAUAUUAUAUUGUAGAACUUGUGCAGUUGUAAAUUAUGAACUUUAUGUAGUAAAAUUAUGAACAUACAGUUGUAAAGUAAAUUAUGUUGUAGAACUUAUGCAGGAUUUCCAUAUUAAUUUCAAAAGAACAAAUAAUGAAAAUCUUGUACAAAAUACAGUAUAAAUUUAUUUUAUAGAAUGGCACAAUAAAAUCUGGACUGAAGUUUUAUUAUUUUACUAUGGUGGGAAAAU